UUUUUUAUUUUGGCGCCAAAUGCCAAAUAAGAUUGCGGAUACGGACGGUGACCUUUAGGACCCUACUAUUUUUCUUACUAUAAUUUUAUUGAUAAAGCAAUACUCAAAAACCAGCACCCCAGUGUGGCUCAAAGAUUAUAAUUGUGUGGCUCAAAGAUCAUAAUUGUGGGCUCAACUGAGCAAUCAUUAUUUAAUAAUAACUCAUUGUUCAGCAAAAUGUCGAACAUAAAAACCAUUACAAACGCAACGCGUGUGAUAACUAAGAGGCCUUUCAGAGUCUCCAUCGAGGGAAACAUCGGUUCCGGUAAAUCUACGUGCAUUAAAUACUUCGACAAAUAUCCUAAUGUCGAAAAACACUCGGAGCCAAUAGAGGAAUGGCGCUCCGUCAGCGGUCACAAUCUGUUGGGGCUCCUCUACAGUGAUAUGAGCCAGUGGACCUUCGCCUUCCAACACUACGUGCACCUCAGCCGUCUCAAGAUACAGACCAGCCCGCCUUCCAGCCCUAACAUCACUGUUAAAAUGUUUGAGAGAUCAGUGCACAGCAGCAGACACUGUUUUGUAGAGAACUCCAAGCAGCAGGAGCACCUCCAAGAGGCGGAGUAUGAAGUGCUGGCGCAGUGGUUUGACUACACUGAGAAGAACUUGGACGUCAGCCUCGACCUCAUCGUAUAUUUAAGAACAACACCAACAACAGUGUGGGAGAGGAUGCUGCAGCGCGGCCGGGCGGAGGAGUCGGAGGUGCCGCUGGAGUACUUACAACAAGUGCACGAGUCGUACGAGAAGUGGCUGAGCUCGGCCGACGUCGGCUGCGAGGUGCUGACCAUCGACGCCGACCGCGCGCUGGCGCUCGUCGCCGACGACCUGCAGCGGUACAGCUACAAGAUACUCGGCGGCAACCACACCAACUGAACCCGACUCCGCCUGAGGUUGAGCCGGACCUUGCGGAGCUUAGUGUCGCCGCACACGGGCCACACGCGACAGCCACAAACACCGCUAAAAGAAGCAAGAAGGGGCCACAAAAGAAGCUGAAAUGUGUGACAGCCACUUGUGGUCAGGUCGACACUUGUGGUCGGUAGUUGCUACUUUUUUAACCCAUACAUGCAAUAUCAUAAUGGAGAAUGUUCACUAUUUUCAAAUGUUGGCUUUCUGUAUUCUCUGUUGAAAAUAAAAAAAUCUCGUGAAAGAAUUAUUUCGAUACAUUAUUAAGCUCUCAAGAUAUGGAAUUUUAAAGUGUGCGCGCGACGACAGCCCGCGUUUAAUGUGCGUGACGUCAUCGUACUACACUUGCACGGCCCGUUAAGGCAAUUUCGUUAUUCUGCCUUAGUUACUGACGAACUAAUAGUUAACCAUUAGUCAAAGAGUAAAUUAAUUUAUGAGCCAUUAGUUCGUAAACACGAAAUUGCCUGAACGGGCUGGGCGGGUUGUACGAUGACGUCACGUACAAUAUCUAUGCGACCUUUGAAUGCAUGUAAAAUCAUAACUAUUUGGUAUUUCUAAAUAAAACAAAAACUAGUGUAUUUGUAUAUAUAAAAGCUCUAAUGUAACAAAGUUUCAAAUGAAUUUUUGCAUACCUAGUAACAUUCUCCAAUAGUGGCCAUUCUCCAAGAAGCUUGCAGCGGCGGUUGUAGCGUGUGGCGUCAAUCGUGUGCGGCGAGUCCAUAAAUCAAGUAUCAAAUGUAUGAAACCACUGGAAAUACGCCCGUAGCGGCGUUUUGUGGUUGUGGCCCGUCUGCGGGAGCCCUUAGUGUAGAUAGAAGAUCUCUAUCACUUGUUAUGUUGAUGCAAACAUUACUGCUAGUGUUAAACCAAUCGAAAUUGUCUUUUUUUCGCUCCUUUACAACUGAGCAUUCAGCUUAAUCUCUUCUUGAGAUGUGUGUGGUCCUGAUGAAUGUUACAGUUUAGGUUGAAAUUCAGUAUAAUUCUUCUUUAUUUUUUCCUUUGGUAUCAACUGGGCUUGUACACACUCAACUAGCCGGUGUCGGCUUUAUAGAAAUCUAACUGUGUAGGCUGAUAGUUUCUAUACUCAGAGGCACAAUUAUCCGCCCCCUUUAAUAUACUCGCGUCAUAUUAAAGUGGGCGGAUAAUUGUGCCUCUGAGUAUAUUUAAAAAAAUGAGAAUGUUGUUAAUAGAAUACUUUGUUUUUUAAAUAUGACAUAAGCUGAAGUUAAAUAUUAAUAAUAAUGUUGUUAUUGAAAGAGGCAGAAAUCUUUAAAUGAUAAGUAGUAUUUGUUAUGUGCACAAUGUAUUAUGCGCAAACAAAACGAAAACGGGUAUAUACAUAAAGCUUAAGAUAAGAUUAUGAUAAUAAAUUUAAUAGUAUUAUAUUUCUAUUAUAAAUAAUUUAAUUUAAUUA